UGCAGAAUCUGGAGACACUGACCCGUGUGUGUUUCACAAUGUGUUAGUACAGCCCUGGAGAAGUUUGAAUUGCCAUAAGACUGAACGUACUGGUAAAGCAGAAUGUGAUGUGCACCUUAAACACGGAUGGUAUCGAUUCAAAAGCUCCGGUGGAUGGAAGAUGCCAGAGGUGGUUGUCCAACCAUAUCACUGCUCGACACGUGGAACAGCGUGGUUACAGGGUUCUCAUCCCACCAUGGCCGAUGGGGAAGUGACCAGGAGAGUUUGUAUAAACUGGGAAAGAAAUCAAUGUCACUGGGUCCAUGAGAUAAAGAUCAAAAACUGCAGCAGUUACUUUGUUUAUGAAUUGAAGGCGUUGCAUCAUUGUGCUGCCUACUGCACAGAUCCAAACACUGCUGAACAUGACAACAACGUGACAUAUUCAACUCAGAAACCGACAGAAAGUUCUUCACCAAACAGAGCAGUGACGGCAGAAACAG